GUACACAUUGUAAAAGCGGGGGAUUGUGAAAUUCUUCCCUGUUCAUUACUUCUUAGCUACUUUUACCGAAAGCGAAAGCGAGCUUCCAAUAAUGUUCUGUACCUACUUCUGUGCCUAAAUAAAUGCUAGUGCUCUCUCAAGAAAAUCGGCAGUGGGAGAAGAAGAAUGGCGACCGAGCAGCUAACGGACGAGCAGAUAUCUGAAUUCAAGGAGGCUUUCAGUUUGUUCGACAAAGAUGGAGACGGAUGUAUUACUACAAAGGAGCUCGGAACUGUGAUGAGGUCGCUGGGGCAAAACCCUACGGAAGCCGAGCUUCAGGACAUGAUUAACGAAGUGGACGCCGACGGCAACGGCACAAUCGAUUUUCCGGAGUUCCUUAACCUCAUGGCGAGGAAAAUGAAGGAUACGGACUCAGAGGAGGAGUUGAAGGAGGCGUUUAGGGUUUUUGACAAGGAUCAUAACGGCUUCAUCUCCGCCGCCGAGCUUCGUCAUGUUAUGACUAAUUUAGGCGAAAAGUUGUCCGACGAAGAAGUCGAUGAGAUGAUUCGUGAGGCUGAUGCGGACGGCGAUGGCCAAAUCAACUAUGAGGAAUUUGUUACUGUCAUGAUGGCUAAGUGACUGCUUGCCCGAAUUUUUCUGUUUUUUUCGCUGGAUUUCUGUCAUUUCUGUGUGUUGCUCAGGCAACUUUGUAGUUCCUGUAGCUUCUCUGUGCUGUAGAAUAAUGCAAAGCUUUUUACCAGUGGUUUCA